AUGGCACAAACUUCAGGAUUAGGAGAGACCAACUUGAAGGAAAUAAAUGCUAUAACCACUAGAUCUGGAAAGGUUAUAGAACCAACCUCCAAACUUAGGGAAAGUGAGAAGGAUCCUAGUAGCAUAGAAGAGAGCACUCCUAGUGAGGAGGCAGUGAAAAAUUCGUCUACAGUGCCCUUUUCUCAAGCCCUCAAGUCGACCUCGAAAUCUGCUAGUCAACAUAAUGAAAUCCUAGAACACCUCAGACAAGUCAAAAUCAAUUUGCCUCUCUUGCAUGUGAUCUCUCAAGUUCCUACAUAUGCUAAAGUCCUUAAGGACUUGUGUACUAUAAGAAGGAAGUACCAUGUCAAAAAAACAUCCUUCUUGACUGAACGUGUGAGUGCAGUAAUCGAACAAAGAGUCCCGCCAAAGUAUAAGGACCUUGGUUGUCCUACUGCUUCUUAUAUCAUAGGGAACCAUGAGAUUGCACAAGCUCUCCUCGACUUAGGGGCUAGUGUCAACAUCAUGCCUUAUGCUAUAUACUCGACGUUAGGUCUAGAUGUGGAUGUUAACUCCAAGAUUCCCAUUAUUCUUGGUAGACAUUUUCUCGCUACAACUAAUGCUCUUAUCAAUUGUAGGAAUGGUUUGAUGAAGCUAUCUUUUGGGAACAUGACCUUAGAUGUCAACAUCUUUCACAUCAUGAAACAGCCUGAGGAAGAUGAUGAGUGUCGUCAAACAUACAUGAUUGAUACACGAGUUGAGGAAGAAGCACAUGAUUAUGUGAUACCACCGAGUUUGCCUCCAAUUUUGAGUGUAUCCCUUUCUCAGCUCCAUAAAGAGAAAACUGCACUAAACACGUUGAUACCCAUGAGUCGUAGAGCUGUACCCCUAGGUCAAGACAUACUUGAUGUUGCAUGUGUUUGGAUAUUCACCAUAUGCAUUCGGCUUCACUUUGGGCAGGGUGAAACGACUUGUCCAAAAUUUGAUCCAAAGUUAACAUUCAUGUUCUGUCCUUCUCCUUUCUCUCCGUUGGAUCCAUUCCAUUUCCUCUUUGCUCAAGGCUUGGGUCCUUAUUGA